AUGCAAAUAGAGCUCUCGGUCAGCUUCUUCUUAUGUCUCCUCCCAUUCAGCUUUAGUGCCACCAGAAGGUACUACCUUGGCGCCAUGGAACUGUCCUGGGACUAUCUGCAAAGUGACCUGCUCCAGGAGCUGCAUGCGGAUGCAAGAUUGCUUCCUAGAGUGGCAAGACCUUCUCCAUUCAACACUUCAGCCCUGUUCAGGAAGACUGUGUUUGUAGAGUUCACAGAUCACCUUUUCCACAUCACCAAGCCCAGACCAUCCUGGAUGGGACUGCUGGGUCCUACCAUCCGGGCUGAGGUUCAUGACACAGUCAUCAUUACACUGAAGAACAUGGCUUCUCAUCCCAUCAGUCUUCACGCCAUUGGCAUAUCCUAUUGGAAAGCUUCGGAGGGAGCUGAGUAUGAUGAUAAGAGCAGCCAAAAGGAGAAAGAAGAUGAUCAGGUCACUCCUGGUGGGAGCCAUACCUACAUUUGGCAGGUCCUGAAAGAGAAUGGUCCAAUGGCCUCGGAUCCACCAUGUCUCACCUACUCAUAUCUCUCUCAUGUGGACCCAGUGAAAGACCUGAAUUCAGGCCUCAUUGGGGCCCUGCUGGUAUGUAGAGAAGGGAGUCUGGCCAAAGAAAGUCCACAGAACUUGCAUGAAUUUGUACUACUUUUUGCUGUAUUUGAUGAAGGGAAGAGUUGGCACUCAGGAGCAGAUGAAUCCUUGGCACAGGGUCUGGAUGAUUCUUCUACUGCGUCCUGGCCUAAAAUGUAUACAGUUAACGGCUAUGUAAACAGAUCUCUGCCAGGUCUGAUUGGCUGUCACAAAAAGUCGGUGUAUUGGCAUGUGAUUGGAAUGGGCACCAGCCCUGAAGUACACUCCAUCUACCUCGAAGGCCAUACAUUUCUUGUGAGGCACCAUCGUCAGGCCUCACUGGAGAUCUCACCAAUAACUUUCCUGACUGCUCAGACACAGCUGAUGGACCUUGGCCAGUUUCGAAUGUUUUGUCAUAUCCCUUCCCACCAACAUGAUGGCAUGGAAGCUUAUAUCACGGUAGAUAGCUGCCCAGAGGAACCCCAAGUACGGAAGAAAACUGACAAAGAUGAGGAGGACGAUUAUGACGAUGACCUUUCUGACUCUGACAUGGAUGUGCUCAGGUUGGAUGAUGGUGAGGACGCUGCUCCUCCCUUUAUGCAAAUUCGCUCUGUUGCCAAGAGGCACCCGAAAACUUGGAUCCAUUAUAUUGCUGCUGUGGAAGAGGACUGGGACUAUGCCCCUUCAGUUCUUCCCUCCACUGACAGAAGCUAUCAAAGUCAAUAUUUAAGCAAUGGCACUCAGCGCAUUGGUAGAAAGUACAAAAAAGCCCGAUUCUGUGCAUUCACCAAUGAUACCUUUCAGACUCGAGAAGCUAGUCAGUAUGAAUCGGGAAUCCUGGGACCUUUACUUUAUGGAGAAGUGGGAGACACCUUGUUGAUUAUAUUCAAGAAUCAAGCAAGCCGACCAUAUAACAUCUACCCUCAUGGACUCACGAAUGUUAGUCCUUUGUAUUCAGGGAGGUUACCAAAAGGUGUGAAACACUUGAGGGAUUUUCAAAUAAUGCCAGGACAGAUAUUCAAGUAUAAAUGGACAGUGAGUCUUGAAGAUGGGCCAACUAAAUCAGACCCUCGGUGCCUAACACGCUAUUACUCCAGCUUCAUUAAUCUGGAAAGGGAUCUAGCGUCCGGACUCAUUGGCCCUCUCCUCAUCUGUUACAAAGAAUCUGUAGAUCAGAGAGGAAACCAGAUGAUGUCGGACAAAAGAAAUGUCAUCCUGUUUUCUGUAUUUGAUGAGAACCGAAGCUGGUACCUUACAGAGAACAUGCAACGCUUCCUUCCCACUACAGCAGAGGUAAAGCCCCAGGAUCCAGCAUUCCAAGCCUCCAACAUGAUGCACAGUCUGUGGGUUCUAGGGUGCCACAACUCAGACCUUCGGAACAGAGGUAUGACAGCCUUAUUGAAGGUGUCUAGUUGUGACAGGAACAUAUAUGAUUAUGAUGACAUAUAUGAAGAGAUUCCAUAUAACUUGUUGAAUGAAAAUAGUGUCAUUGGACCCAGAGCGUUUUCCUGGAAUUCAAGGCACCCUAGCCCUAGACAAAAGCAAUUCAAGACCACCACAGCUCCAGAAAAUGACAUAGAGAUGAUGGACCCUUGGUUUGGAGAGACAACACCGCUUUCUAAAGCACAAAGUGAUGUGUUGAGGGUCUUGGGACAGAGCCCUACUCCACAUGGAUUAUCCUUAUCUGAUCUCCAAGAAGCGAACUCUGAGCCGACUUCGGAAAGUAAGGGCGAUCCAUCCAAAGUGGCCGACAGCAGAAGCAACCAUGCAGCAGCAACAAAAGGUGAGGGACAAGGUAGGCUUCAGACAGAAGCCACUUGGACAAAACAAGAGGAGGCUGGAAGGUUAGGCACUGAAAACCAACCAGUCUUGAAACACCACCAUCUAAGGGAAAAAACCCUUACUGCUUUGCAGCAAGAACAAGAAAACCUAGACUAUGACGAUGUCCUCUCAACUGAAAUGGAGAGGGAAGAUUUUGACAUUUAUGGUGAGGAUGAAAAUCAAGGGCUCCGCAGCUUUCAAAAGAAAACACGACACUAUUUUAUUGCUGCAGUGGAACACUUCUGGGAUUAUGGGAUGAGUAAAUCUCCCCAUGCUCUAAGAAACAGGUAUGGGUCAGUCCAUGUCCCUCGAUUCAAGAAGGUCGUUUUCCAGGAAUUUACUGAUGGCUCCUUUACUCAACCUUUAUACCGUGGAGAACUAAAUGAGCACUUGGGACUCUUGGGGCCGUAUAUAAGAGCAGAAGUUGAAGACAAUAUCAUGGUCACUUUCAAAAACCAAGCGUCUCGUCCUUACUCCUUUUAUUCUAGCCUUAUUUCUUAUGAGGAAGAUCAGAGGCAAGGAACAGAACCUAGAAAAAAUGUAGUGAAGCCUAAUGAAAUAAAAACUUACUUUUGGAAAGUGCAGCAUCACAUGGCACCCACAGAAGAUGAGUUUGACUGUAAAGCCUGGGCUUACUUCUCUGACGUUGAUCUGGAAAAAGAUCUGCACUCAGGCUUGAUUGGCCCCCUUCUGAUCUGCCACACAAACACGCUGAGCCCUGCUCAUGGGAGACAGCUGACCGUUCAGGAGUUUGCUCUGUUUUUCACUAUCUUUGAUGAGACGAAGAGCUGGUACUUUACUGAAAACAUGGAAAGGAACUGCAAGGCUCCCUGCAACAUUCAGAUGGAGGACCCCAGUUUGAAAAAGAACCUUCGCUUCCAUGCAAUCAAUGGCUAUGUGAUGGAUACAUUACCUGGCUUAGUAAUGGCUCAGGAUCAAAGGGUCCGGUGGUACCUGCUCAGCAUGGGUAGCAAUGAAAAUGUCCAUUCUAUUCAUUUCAGUGGACACGUGUUCACUGUACGGAAAAAAGAGGAGUAUAAGAUGGCAGUCCAGAGCCUCUAUCCAGGCGUGUUUGAAACCGUGGAGAUGCUGCCCUCCAAAGCUGGCAUUUGGCGGGUGGAAUGCCUUAUUGGUGAGCACCUACAGGCUGGAAUGAGUACUCUUUUCCUGGUAUACAACAAGGAGUGUCAGACUCCCCUGGGAAUGGCUUCAGGACGCAUUAGAGAUUCUCAGAUUACAGCUUCAGGACAAUAUGGACAGUGGGCCCCAAAGCUGGCCAGACUUCAUUAUACUGGAUCAGUCAAUGCCUGGAGUACCAAGGAUCCCUUUUCCUGGAUCAAGGUGGAUCUGUUGGUACCAAUGAUUAUUCAUGGCAUCAAGACACAGGGCGCCCGCCAGAAGCUGUCCAGCCUCUACAUCUCUCAGUUUAUCAUCAUGUACAGCCUGGAUGGGAAGAAGUGGCAGAGCUAUCGCGGGAAUUCCACUGGGACCUUAAUGGUCUUCUUUGGUAAUGUGGAUUCUUCCGGGAUAAAGCACAAUAUUUUCAACCCUCCCAUCAUUGCUCAGUACAUCCGUUUGCACCCAACACAUCAUAGCGUCCGCAGCACCCUUCGCAUGGAGUUGGUAGGCUGUGAUUUAAACAGUUGUAGCAUGCCGCUGGGGAUACAGAGUAAAGCAAUAGCAGAUACACAGAUUUCCGCCUCCUCCUACUUCACCAAUAUGUUUUCCACCUGGUCUCCGUCACAAGCCCGACUUCACCUGCAGGGGAGGACCAAUGCCUGGAGACCACAGGUGAAUAAUGCAAAAGAGUGGCUUCAAGUGGACUUCCAGCAUACCUUGAAAGUCACAGGAAUAACCACCCAGGGGGCCAAAUCUCUGCUUACCAGCAUGUAUGUAAAGGAGUUCCUAAUCUCUAGCAGUCAAGAUGGGCAUCACUGGACCGUCUUUCGUCAGAAUGACAAAGUCAAGGUUUUUCAGGGAAAUGAAGACUCCGUCACACCUGUGGUGAAUUAUUUAGAUCCCCCGCUACUGACCCGCUACCUUAGAAUUUAUCCCCAGAGCUGGCUGCACCACAUCGCUCUGAGGAUUGAGGUGCUGGGCUGUGAGUCACAACAGCACUACUGA